CGGAGGAAUGGCGGCCCGCUCGGAAACUCUUGUCCUGCGAUCUGCCGCGGAUUGCGGAAGGGGAACGCAGGGGCCUCGGCCGCCCUUUACAGCCGGCCCUGAGUUUGUGGACCACUGGUGGUCCACAGACCGGAGUUUGUGAACCUGUGCUCUAAGAUCAUGCUUGUGCUCUGUAAUGGGGACGUAAAUCUUUUAAACAGUGCUGAUGUUUCCUUCUAGAAUAGAUUUUCUUGUUUCAAGUUUAGUAUACCAGCUCAAGCAUCAAAGCACACCAAGAACAUCAAGAUGUCCAUUCAGUCAGUGAAGGGAUCAUCAGGCCGUAAAUCAAAGCGAAUGACUGCAAAGACAUCUUUGAAUAACCCAUAUGUUCUCCAGUGGAGAACCCUGGAUGGAGCAGAUAUGCACUUUAUAUUGGAGGCCUUGGAAGAAGUGAUGAAACGGAUUGGGUUUAAAAAGAUAGAGACUCGGAGAAGGAAGAAGCCUUCUGGAAAAAAGCAGGAGAAAGAACACCAUGCCCAGACCAGCAAACUUCAAGAUGAGAAUGACACAGAAGAUAUUAAAGGACAUGGGUGGACUGACUUGCACAUCAGGAACCAACUUGCUAUUGGGAUCAAUGAAGUCACCAGAGGUUUGGAAAAAAAUGAACUGCUUCUGGUGCUGGUGUGCAAGUCUGCCAAACCUGCUCUGCUAACAUCUCACUUUAUUCCACUCAGUGCAAGUCGGGCCGUUCCAGCUGGCCAGGUUCCACGUCUCAGUGAAAACCUAGCACCGAUUCUUGGGUUAACAUCUGUCCUAGCCCUGGGAUUUAAAAGGAACACUGAUGCUUUUGCAGAGGUAGCCAAAGUGAUCAUUCCACGAAUACCGAAUUUGGACGUGCCAUGGAUUCAGCACGGCCCAGAGCAGUUGCUGGCAUUUGAUAAUACUUAUUCAAUGGACUUGCAGGCGGUUGAGUGCACAGAGUCAAACUCAGAAGAGUGUGCUCCCAAUCACAAGCGGAAAAGAACAGAUACCAGCAAAGUUGCUUCUCCUAGUAUAGCCCUGCAAGCGCUCAAGGUUAAAAAAAUAGUUCCCAACCCAAAAAAGCAAAGGAAGCUUCCCAAAACUAAAAAACGCAUUUCAAAGUAAUCAGUUAUAUUGGUUUGAUCCCACAUUUUGUAUUUGCUUUUGUGGUGUUGUUUUUAAAAUUUAGUAGUAAAAACUAUGUAAUAUAUAUAUGCUAACUUUACAAAAUUAAGAUUUGUAGUGAGAUAUUUCCCCUCUGUUCCAGAUUAAAUGUAAUUCAAAACA